UGCGUAGAAUGUGCGACCAUUAAAUUGCUGACAAUUAUGCGUAGCUAUACUCUUCCGACGACUUGCCGAUUGUACUAAAGUAAUCAACGCUUGUCGCUGAGUAGCGUUCGUAAAUCAGCCAGAAUACGUUCAGCACGCCGUCAAGCCGGUUGUCGUGUUCGGAGAUUUGUGAAGUGCGUAAAAAAGCAACACGUGCGCAGUCUGUGCUUGCGACAGACGGAACGAAUUGCCAGCUGAACGUGCAAUCUUAGUAAACCGAAACUUGAGUUAAGUUUAGAGUGAAACAAAUAACAACAGCUGCGAAAUGUCGCCACCGGAUUGUUAUCUCGAGCUGGAGGAUGGAACCGUAAUGCCGGGCUGCUCGUUUGGCGCCAAGGGCACAGCCACAAGCGGCGAGGUGGUCUUCCAAACGGGCAUGGUGGGCUACACGGAGGCCCUGACGGAUCGCUCGUACAGUGCACAGAUUCUGGUGUUGACCUAUCCGCUGAUUGGCAACUACGGUGUGCCGGAUGCCGGGCUGCUCGACGAGUAUGGACUGCCGGAGCACUUUGAGUGGUUCCAGGGCGCUGUGCAGGUGGCUGGCCUGGUGGUGGGCGAGAUCUGUGAGACGCCCUCGCAUUGGCGCUCCAAGCGCACGCUCUCCCAGUGGCUGGCGGAUCAUCGGGUGCCCGGCAUCAGCGGCAUCGAUACCCGUUGCCUGACCAAGAAGCUGCGCGAGCAGGGCAGCAUGCUGGGACGCAUUGUCUACCAGGAGCCGGCCAAGCAGGCGAAACUCCCGUUCGAGGACCCCAACGAGCGCAACCUGGCCAAGGAGUGCUCCGUUAAGCAGAUGCAACUGUACAAAUCGCCGCAGGGCGCAACUGGGCCACGGAUCGCCAUCGUGGACUGUGGCCUGAAGCUGAACCAGAUACGCUGCCUGCUGCAGCGCGGCGCCUCUGUGCAGCUGCUGCCGUGGAGCGCGCAGCUGAAGGAGGAGGAGUACGAUGCCCUCUUCCUGUCCAAUGGACCCGGCGAUCCGGCCAGCUGCAGGCAGAUUGUCGAGCAGGUGCAGCGCGUGCUGCAGGCUGGCACAAAGCCCAUCUUCGGCAUCUGUCUGGGCCAUCAGCUGCUGGCCUCGGCCAUCGGCUGCACCACCUACAAGAUGAAGUACGGCAACCGUGGCCACAAUCUGCCCUGUCUGCAUCGGGCCAGCGGUCGCUGUCUGCUCACGUCCCAGAAUCACGGCUAUGCCGUCGACCUGGCCAAGCUGCCCGGCGACUGGGAGGAGCUCUUUGUCAAUGCCAACGACGGCACCAACGAGGGCAUUGUGCAUCGCAGCAAGCCCUACUUCUCGGUACAGUUCCAUCCGGAGCACCAUGGCGGUCCGCAGGACACCGAGUUCCUGUUCGACGUCUUCCUCGAUGCCAUACGAGAGCCGCAGAAGAGCGUGCCCGAGCUGAUCGCGUCCAGGCUGAGCGUGAUACAACCCGAGCCGCAGCCCCGUCCGCGCAAGGUGCUCAUCCUGGGCUCCGGCGGGCUGUCCAUUGGCCAGGCCGGUGAAUUCGACUACUCCGGCUCGCAGGCCAUCAAGGCGAUGCGCGAAUCGAACAUCCAGACGGUGCUGAUCAACCCGAACAUUGCCACAGUGCAGACCUCCAAGGGCAUGGCGGACAAGUGCUACUUUCUGCCCCUGACGCCCGACUAUGUGGAGCAGGUGAUCAAAUCGGAGCGGCCCAACGGUGUCCUGCUCACCUUCGGCGGCCAGACGGCCCUCAAUUGCGGCGUCGAGCUGGAGCGCGCUGGCGUCUUUGCCAAAUACAAUGUUCGCAUCCUGGGCACGCCCAUACAGUCGAUCAUUGAGACGGAGGAUCGCAAGCUGUUCGCCCAGCGGGUCAAUGAGAUUGGGGAACGUGUGGCGCCCUCCGAGGCUGUCUAUACCGUGGCCGAGGCCCUCGAGGCAGCCGGCCGCCUGGGCUAUCCGGUGAUGGCACGCGCUGCCUUCUCAUUGGGCGGCCUGGGCUCCGGCUUCGCCAACAACGAGCACGAGCUGAGGACGCUGGCCCAGCAGGCUCUGGCCCAUUCCACGCAGCUGAUCGUGGACAAGUCGCUCAAGGGCUGGAAGGAGGUGGAGUACGAGGUGGUCCGCGAUGCCUACGACAAUUGCAUCACCGUCUGCAACAUGGAGAACUUUGACCCGCUGGGCAUACACACCGGCGAGAGCAUUGUGGUCGCUCCCUCCCAGACCCUGUCCGACCGCGAGUACCAGAUGCUGCGCAGCACCGCCCUGAAGGUCAUUCGGCACUUUGGGGUCGUCGGCGAGUGCAACAUUCAGUACGCUCUCUGCCCCCACUCGGAGCAGUACUACAUCAUCGAGGUGAAUGCCCGACUGUCGCGGAGCUCGGCGCUCGCCAGCAAGGCGACGGGCUACCCCCUGGCCUAUGUCGCCGCCAAGCUGUCGCUAGGCGAGCCGCUGCCCGAGAUUCGCAACUCGGUGACGGGCAAUACGACGGCCUGCUUUGAGCCGAGCCUCGACUAUUGUGUGGUGAAGAUACCGCGCUGGGAUCUGGCCAAGUUCAUGCGCGUGAGCAAGCACAUCGGCAGCUCGAUGAAGAGCGUCGGCGAGGUGAUGGCCAUUGGGCGCUGCUUCGAGGAGGCCAUACAGAAGGCGCUGCGCAUGGUCGAUGGCGAUGUUCAGGGCUUCGAUCCGUAUCUGGCGGCCGUCGACAAGGAGCAGCUGUCGGAGCCAACGGAUCGUCGGCCCUUUGUCCUGGCCGCCGCUCUGCGCGCCGGCAUGUCCAUCGAGGAGCUGCACGAGCUGACGAAAAUCGAUCGUUGGUUCCUCCACAAGCUGCAGCACAUCAUCAAGUUCUACGGCCAGCUGGAGUCCGCCGGCAGCCAACUGACACCGGCCCUGCUGCUGAGUGCGAAGCGCCUGGGCUUUGCCGACAAGCAAAUAGCCAUGGCCACCAAGAGCACCGAGCUGGCCGUGCGCCAGCAGCGGCACGAGCACAACAUCCGGCCCUUUGUCAAGCAGAUCGAUACGGUGGCCGGCGAGUGGCCGGCGAGCACGAACUAUCUCUACAACACGUACAACGCCUCGGAGCACGACGUGCUCUUUCCCGGCGGGCACACGAUCGUCGUCGGGUCGGGCGUCUAUCGCAUCGGCUCCUCGGUGGAGUUCGAUUGGUGUGCCGUGGGCUGUCUGCGGGAGCUGCGCAACCUGAAGAAGUCGACGAUCAUGAUCAACUAUAAUCCGGAAACGGUGUCCACCGACUAUGACAUGUGCGAUCGUCUGUACUUUGAGGAGAUCAGCUUUGAGGUCGUCAUGGAUAUCUAUGAGAUGGAGCGCUCGGAUGGCAUCAUUCUCUCCAUGGGCGGUCAGCUGCCCAACAACAUUGCCAUGGACCUGCAUCGUCAGCAGGCCAAGGUCCUGGGCACGUCGCCGGAGUCGAUCGACUGUGCCGAGAAUCGCUUCAAGUUCUCGCGCAUGCUCGAUCGCAAGGGCAUCCUGCAGCCGCUGUGGAAGGAGCUGACCAAUCUCCAGUCGGCCGUCGAGUUCUGCCAGGAGGUGGGCUACCCCUGUCUGGUGCGUCCGUCGUAUGUGCUCUCCGGCGCCGCUAUGAAUGUGGCCUACUCGGAUCAGGAUCUGGACACGUAUCUGAAUGCAGCCUCCGAGGUCAGUCGCGAGCAUCCGGUGGUCAUCUCCAAGUUCAUCACCGAGGCCAAGGAAAUCGAUGUGGACGCCGUUGCGGCCGAUGGUCAGAUCCUGUGCAUGGCCGUCUCGGAGCAUGUGGAGAACGCCGGUGUCCAUUCAGGCGAUGCGACGCUGGUCACACCGCCGCAGGACUUGAACGCAGAGACCCUGGAGGCCAUCAAGCGCAUCACACGCGACCUGGCCAGCGUGCUGGACGUGACGGGACCCUUCAACAUGCAGCUGAUAGCCAAGAACAAUGAGCUCAAGGUUAUCGAGUGCAAUGUCCGCGUCUCACGUUCCUUCCCCUUCGUCUCCAAGACGCUCGAUCAUGACUUUGUGGCAACGGCCACACGCGCCAUUGUCGGCAUGGACGUGGAGCCCAUCGAUGUGCUCCACGGCGUGGGCAAAGUGGGCGUGAAAGUGCCCCAGUUCAGCUUCUCGCGUCUCGCUGGCGCCGACGUCCAGCUGGGCGUGGAAAUGGCCUCAACGGGCGAGGUGGCCUGCUUUGGGGACAACCGCUACGAGGCCUAUCUGAAGGCCAUGAUGUCAACGGGCUUCCAGAUACCCAAGAACGCGAUUCUACUCUCCAUUGGCAGCUUCAAGCACAAAAUGGAGCUGCUUUCCUCCAUUCGGGAACUGGCGAAAAUGGGCUACAAGCUGUACGCCUCGAUGGGCACAGGCGACUUCUAUGCGGAGCAUGGCGUUGAUGUGAGUAUGUCUGAAAUGAAGGAACAUAUAACUUAAC